AUGUGCAGCAGUCUGAAACCACAGCGGUUGCGAGUGGAGCAAGUAAUUGUGCUCUUGCUGUUCUGGGUGGCGGUACGGAAAUAUGCUGGUUCAAGAAAAGAGUAUUGGAAGACCGCAACGGUUGCCCAGUCGCACUCUAGUUGGAUGAGAAUGUGGCCGCCAUAUGUCUCCGAAAAAUCAGACAGUUCCGCACUGCAUGCAAUCUUUGAGCUGCGGCGCUCCAUCAAUAGCCAUGGCGUGGUAUAUCGGGCCAACGACUCUGGCGGGUUCCCCGGUGGUCACGAUGUUGCCCUGGGAUUUCAAAGUGGCACAGGCACUUUGAAACCCGAUGCUCCCUAUUGUUGGUGGCUUGAGAUGUAUGAUGUGGUAGCGAUAUCGCCUUCGAGAUGA